AUGUGUCUGUCACCCGUCGCUCAUCAGCUGUGGCCAUUGUGUGUUUUGGGCUCUCUCUUUUUGUCCAGGUUACCGCAGCCAGAUAGAUGGUUACAAGCAAUCCGAAACUUCUUCUUGCGGUCGCUGGAAGAGGCUACUCGUGCAGAUAUGCUUGCCCCAUCAAGACGUCUGCAUGCUCAUUGUGUUAUAAACCCAUCACUCUGCUGUUGUCUCACCUCCACCUCAAUCCCUAAUCUGUUCAGUGCUAAGCUCGGUGCCAUACCUCACCCUGGCAGAGACGAGACAGCCCGGGCGCCUCCCCAGGACUGUCAGGUCUCUUUGAGACGGGAUGCGCCACACAAAAUGGAAGAUGGGGGACGUGCGUUGCUGGAUUUAAAUCGGUAUCGUUUCGCUUGGCACCCUAGCACGAGAUGA